ACGAGAUUUAUUGCUCAAACUUUACUGCUUCAGGAGGGGAUUUUACUUGCCUCCUUGAAACUAGUCAAUUAUCACUGAGGGUGCUAGGUGAUAAUUUGUCAAGAUGGUGAACAUCACGGAGAAGAUCAAGGAGAUUGAGGACGAGAUGAGGAAGACCCAGAAGAACAAGGCCACUGAGUAUCAUCUGGGUCUUCUCAAGGGAAAGCUUGCCCGUCUCCGAGCCCAACUCCUCGAACCUGGCCCAGGAGCUGGAGGCGGCGGAGGUUCCGGCUUCGAUGUCAGCAAGAGCGGAGAUGCACGAAUUGCCCUGGUCGGGUUUCCCUCCGUGGGCAAGUCGACGUUCUUAUCCAAAGUCACCAAGACGAGAUCCGAAGUCGCAUCCUACGCCUUCACCACACUUACGGCCAUUCCGGGUGUGCUGGAAUAUGGCGGUGCCGAGAUCCAGCUUCUCGAUCUACCCGGUAUCAUCGAGGGUGCCGCCGAGGGCAAGGGUCGAGGUAGACAAGUCAUCUCUGCAGCCAAGACGAGCGACAUGAUUCUCAUGAUACUGGACGCCACCAAACGCGCCGAACAACGGGCGCUCCUUGAAGCCGAAUUGGAAUCUGUUGGCAUUCGUCUGAAUCGCGAGCCGCCGAACAUCUACCUCAAAGCCAAAAAGGCCGGCGGGAUGAAAAUCACCUUCCAAUCGCCGCCGAAGCAGCUCGACGAAAAGAUGGUCUUCAACAUCCUGCGUGACUACAAGCUGCUAAAUUGCGAGGUGCUGAUCCGUGACGACAACGCCACAGUAGACGAUUUGAUCGACGUGAUCAUGAAAGACCACCGCAAGUACAUCAAGUGUCUGUACGUGUACAACAAGAUCGACUCGGUCUCGAUCGAGUUUCUGGACCAACUGGCACGGGAGCCCUACACGGCCGUCAUGAGUUGCGAGCUCGACCUAGGUGUCCAGGAUGUCGUGGAUCGGUGCUGGAAGGAGCUCAACCUGAUCCGCAUCUACACGAAGCGCAAAGGUGUGGAUCCUGACUUCAGCGAGGCGCUCAUCGUGCGGAGCAAUAGCACCAUUGAGGACGUCUGCGACAAGAUUCACCGCACGCUCAAGGAGACCUUCAAGUACGCCUACGUCUGGGGCGCGAGCGCGAGACAUGUGCCGCAGAGAGUGGGGUUGAGUCAUCCGGUGGCGGACGAAGACGUGGUUUAUAUCGUGACCGCCUGGAAGGCAUAAGUUGUAUUCUGAUUCACUGGGGGUGGGAAGGGUGAAGGGUUGUGGAGGCGAGAUCCGGGGUAGUCGAGGGGGGAAAUGGUUGCUGAUACUCGGUGAUGGUCAUGCCCAAGAAAUCAUGUUAUCCCCUAGGGGUAUGAAGAUAUACAGCUGGCCAACAAAACUGAUAUAUACAUUAAGGCCUGAAAGAGUGAGCUUCAGCCCAAAGCAAGGAAACAGAACAGAAGAACCCCG